UAAUUAUCUUGUCACAGUCUGGGCAUAAACAUCAGAUUUAGGUGAACCCACCUAAUUAACAGCAACAUCAUAUUCAUAUUUCUCCCGAUCAUAAUAAGGCAAAUGCCGAUCAUUACAUAUAUGAUAUAUGAAUUAUGGAGGAAAGAGCAUAAUUAACUACAGAUUACAGUUGUUUAAAAAUAGUAUGUCUGAAAGUUGUUGUAUGUCCAAAUAAAAAACACAACCUGCCGAUAUUUUUUAUUUUAAAAAAGACAAAACAAUGUUGCUGUUGAGAUAGACAGAAAACGUGGGAGUCUGAAAGGGAAGGAAGAGGAAGACCCGCAAAGGAAGGGUGAAAUAAGAGAAGAGUUCAAAGAGAAUGGGCAAGCACGUAAUUCAAGAACUAAAAUGUUUUUUUAAGACAAGAAGUGCAGUUAGUUUAAACUUUAAACUAAACGUGCAAGAAGAACAGGAAUAUAUCAUCAAAGAGGAGAGCGCAAGAAGCAAAUCCUUUUGAGACCUGAUCGUCGGAAUGUAUCACCGUAUUCCGUCGCUAAUGGAGCCGAUUCUUAGGAGAGUCUCGGCGCGUUGGCCUGUCAUCGUUCAGGCUACAACGUGGACAGUGCUCCUCAUGGUCACUGUAGCCGUGGCUUCUUUCGCUCCCGAAUUGGCGUUUGUGUCUACGGUGUCGUCUUCGUGCGGUCGAGGAGAUGGGUUCGUGAAGAUUCCCAUGGAUUUUCCGGGGGAGAGUGUGUGCGUGCCGUCUCACAUGGUGAAGAGAUCGCGUUUCGAUUUGUUUAUGCCUCCUAUUUUCGCAGCGGUUAUGGUGACGGCGUCGGCUUGUUUGAUCCGAUCGUGUUUUGGAACAGAGGAUAUGGAUGAUGUAUGAAAUUUAUAAUUAAUAUAUAUUUUUUUUUGUAAUUAAUAAUUUUUGGUCUUAAAAAUUGCAUAUAGAAUAAACGCAACGCAAAACUACAUACGUUCACCAUUUUUUUCUCCAAUUCAGACAAUAUACG